AUGGCCGGAGACCUGAAGCAGCACCUCACACCAGAGCUAUUCAAGUUCAUGGUAGACCGGGAAAAGGCGUGGCCAGUGCUGAAGGCGCUCAGCCAGUACGGGCUGGAUCAGGUGCCCGACAUGAUGGAAUUCCUGCCGCCGCCCGAGGAUCCGGACUUCCCGUCCCAGGCCCUGGGUCUCCAGCUCGUGUUGGACCAGGCGCCGCGAGACCUCCUGGAGGGCAUCCACAACCGCUGGACCUUCGACUACUUCGGCGACAUCGCCCUCCGGUUCGCCAGGCAGCUGCAGGCGCUGCCGCCCCAUCUGAACCCGGCCGCCUGGGCCCGGUGGAGGGACUCGGUCUCGCUCGACUACUUCAUCUUCGUGCGCCUGUGGUUCGGCGCGCCCCUCGUCCACCACGAGGCGACGCCGGACGAGGCCGGCGCCUUCACCGAGGAGACGCGCCGGCUCGUGGAGCAGACCCUGGAGACCCGGGACCCGCACCGCGACCAGCCCGAGAAGCGCUGGGAUCUCCACGGGUUCCCGAGGAUGUUGACCGAGAAGGGGCCCAGCAGCCCCUGCGGCGCGGCCGAGGGCGCGUUCUGGAUCGCCUGUCUGCUGGAUGUGCAUCGGCCGCCGCUGGACCGGUUCGGGCGCUAUCCAUAUCGGAACGGCUUCCUGGGGCGCGUCGACACGCCGGAGGAAGAGGCCUGGAUGGAGAAGGCCCCCAUGUUCGCCGUAGACCCCGACGUGCGGAGACGGAUCAGGGACGACGUGGAAGCUGGACGGUGGACACCAUUGGAUGAAGGUACCGAAUAG